UGACGGAGUAUUCGGAUAAAAAACAUACAUAUACAGUAUUAGGGUUUCUUUCCACCAUUCCAAUUAUCCCAAAUCAACCAUGGAUCUAUUAAAAGCCUACAAUACCGGCGACGACCACCGCAUGUCCGACACGUCAUCACCGGAAUCCUCACCGCCACGUCUAACAAUUGCCCCAAAAUCCUCCGCCCCCAAAGUGGACGACACGAUGCUGUCAUUAACCGUCGCGAACAAAACCCUAACAAAACCCUUGGAUCCAACACAACACGUGGUGGGCUUCAAUCCGACGUACGAUCAACUGUGGGCCCCAAUUCAAGGACCGGCACAUCCGUACGCCAAAGACGGAAUAGCUCAAGGUAUGCGUAAUCAUAAAUUAGGGUUUGUCGAGAAUGCUAAUAUAGAUACAUUUGUAUUUGAUGAACAGUAUAAUACUUUUUAUAAAUACGGAUAUGCUGCUGAUCCGUCUGGGUCAGCUGGGUGUAAUUAUGUUGGUGAUUUGGAUAAGUUGAAAGAAACCGAUGCGUUAUCGGUUUAUAAUAUCCCGCAACACGAACAAAAGAGACGUAAGUUGGAGAAAAGGCAGGAAGCUUUGGAGAGAGAUGCUGAAGAUUUAGAUAAUGUUGAUAACCAGGAGGUCGAGAAUCCGGCGAGUGAUGCGUGGUUAGCUAUGAAUAGGAAGAGUCCGUGGGUCGGGAGGAAGGAAGGGUUACAAGGGGAAUUGAGUGAAGAGCAAAGGAAGUAUGCGGAAGAGUACGCCAAAAAGAAAGGGGAGGAACGUGACGGGAAUAAGGACAAAGGUGAGGUUAUUGCGGAAAAGAGUACGUUUCAUGGGAAAGAAGACAAGGAUUAUCAAGGGCGGUCCUGGAUUGCGCCACCCAAAGAUGCUAAGGCCAGUAAUGAUCAUUGCUAUAUUCCCAAGAGAUUGGUGCAUACGUGGAGUGGGCAUACCAAGGGGGUGUCUGCGAUUAGGUUUUUUCCCAAACAUGGGCAUUUGUUGUUGUCGGCUGGGAUGGAUAGUAAGGUGAAGAUAUGGGAUGUGUAUAAUUCGGGCAAAUGUAUGAGGACUUAUAUGGGGCAUAGUAAGGCUGUUAGGGAUAUAUCGUUUUGUAAUGAUGGGUCGAAGUUUUUGACUGCGGGGUAUGAUAAGAAUAUUAAGUAUUGGGAUACGGAAACAGGGCAGGUGAUAUCGACGUUUUCCACCGGGAAGGUGCCGUAUGUGGUUAAGUUGAAUCCGGAUGAUGAUAAGCAGAAUAUUCUUUUGGCGGGUAUGAGUGAUAAGAAGAUUGUUCAGUGGGAUAUGAAUAGUGGGCAAAUUACGCAGGAGUAUGAUCAGCAUUUGGGUGCGGUGAAUACUAUUACAUUUGUUGAUAAUAAUAGGAGGUUUGUUACUUCUAGUGAUGAUAAGUCUCUUCGUGUAUGGGAAUUUGGUAUUCCUGUUGUUAUAAAGUAUAUAAGUGAACCUCAUAUGCACUCGAUGCCUGCCAUUUCGCUUCAUCCGAAUGGGAAUUGGUUGGCAGCUCAGAGUUUGGAUAAUCAGAUUCUGAUAUAUAGCACCAGGGAACGGUUUCAGCUAAACAAGAAAAAACGUUUUGCUGGACAUAUCGUGGCUGGGUACGCUUGUCAAGUUAAUUUCUCGCCAGAUGGUCGGUUUGUCAUGUCUGGGGAUGGCGAGGGUAAAUGCUGGUUUUGGGAUUGGAAGUCUUCCAAAGUCUUUAAAACACUCAAGUGUCACGAGGGAGUGUGCAUAGGUGCUGAAUGGCAUCCUCUGGAGCAAAGUAAAGUUGCGACGUGUGGAUGGGAUGGCUUAAUUAAAUACUGGGACUAAAUGUGUUGCUGGCAAAUGUCAUGCUUUCUCACUCGUUGGACAACUGAAACUGUAGUGCUGGAUUUUAAAGGCAAAGGAUACCUUUAGAGUUAUAUUCUGGCACCAUGAUGUCUUUGCUGCAAACGCUUAUGAUAUGAUAUAUAUUUUGUUGCUGUAGGCAUACUGUAGUAACAGAUUAUAAAACUUGUAUUUUUACUUAAACUGCCAUCAAAGUUGUAUGGUUUUUCAAAUUUAGAGGUAUGAGUUUGAUAUCAUGCUUAA